UCACAUCCCCCCCCCCCUCCCACUCUCUUGCACACUCUGUCUUUUGCUCCUCCCAUCUCUUCCCUCAAAGCCAGCAGGCUGCUAUUUGAUCCAGACUGCUUGUUACAUGAUCUCCUGGAAUACAAAGCUCCCUGGCUACUCCAUGGCUUUUCGGGUUGUUCUCGCGUUGCGAUGACGAGAGCGCGAAAGGAUGCCAGCGCCACGCUGAGCCUACAUCGGCUGGCCUUUCCUUCCCCUUCCUUUAUAUCUGUGCGUUUCCCUGACCUCCCUUCUUACCCCAUGCUGAGACCCCCUCCUCCCCAAUCUCCUAGUUAACGUUGCCGCCCCCUUGACAAUGAUACCAUGCGUUAGCUGGCUGCAGCCUUUCCUUGCCUUGAUCUCCUCCUCCUUGCUUACGCGAGGCCAAAUCUGCCCAUCCAGCUGUUUGUGUCCAGACCACCACACUGUGAACUGCACCAACCAAGGUCUAACCAGAGUCCCAGACCCGAUCCCUCUGGGUGUUCGCCGUCUCCUGCUCUCCAACAACUGGAUUCCCUGGAUUCCUUCCGACUUCUUAGUUCUCUACAGCGAUCUGGUCUACCUCGACCUGAGGAAUAACUCCCUCUCCCAGCUGGAGCCAGGUACACUGAGCACUUCCUCUAGAUUAGUCUUCUUGGACCUGGGGAGCAACAACCUGACGGAAAUCUCCUCGGGAACAUUUGGGGAGUCCAGGAGUCUCAUCAAACUACGAUUGGGGAACAACCCCUACCUAAACAUGGUAAGCAGGGAUGCUUUCACGGGGCUGACUUCUUUGAGGGAGCUGGAGCUGGAGAGGAAUGGGCUCACAGCGCUGGACGUCAUGGUCCUGGAAUCCCUGCCCUCCCUCCGGAUGCUACGUCUGGAUGGCAACCCCUGGCUUUGCAACUGCCACUUUGCCAAACUGUUUGUUUGGCUCACAGAGAACCACCACAAGCUACCAAAGGGUAUGGAGGGAAUAGAAUGCUCACUGCCUAUGGAUGGGCGUCGUGUUCCCCUGAGUUUACUCUCUGAAGACAGUUUUCAGAAGUGCCGUGGUACCCUCACCCUUACUGACUAUCUGAUCGUCAUCUUCUCCGGUAUCUCCGUCUCAGUAGCAGCCAUCGUGGCCAGCUUCUUCCUUGCUUCCACAGUCCAUUGCUUCCAGCGCCUCAGCAAAGGCAGCAAAGGAGACGAGGAGGACGGCAACGACUGAUGGGGAAAAGGGAAAUGGAUUAAAUCAAACACAAGUAUUUCACACAUAACUGUUGCUCAAUCGACAAAAUGUGACAGCCAGGAGUGAUUGUGGUGGUGGUGGUGGGGAGGUGGGGUUUUUAAAGGCAUUAAAUGUAAAGGCACAUCAAGAAAGCUCUUUACAUGUCAAAUCCAAGAUCACAAAUUAAUUGUCAUGAGAAUUACAGACUGGUUUGGGAAACGCCAGGUAUGCAUGACUCUGUGAACAGGUAUUGCAUUCACUGAAUGUAGCAAUUUCUGCUCUGGUGUACAGUACUGACUGAAGGGACACUGGUCUGUGCAAAGGCGUUGUCUCUGUAGCAUUGCACAGCGAUUACACCGUUUUUGAAAAAUAUAUGCAGUCCAAGUCAUUAAGACUGAUAUUAGCAAAUUUAUUCUUAAUGGAGGUAAAGGGACCCACGUGUGUUGUAGUGUUGGGAUUAUAGGGAAUCGAAGAUCAGCAGGAAAUAGAAGAUAUACAACCAUACACCAAACUGACUUUGCUGUGUCAGCCUCCCCAAACAGAAGUCUACAAACCAAUGUGAACAAUUUUACGCAAAGUGAGUUCUGCAGUUAUUACAUUUUAUUGUCAAAAUUUCCAUUUAAUGUCAAAUUAGAUGCUAAAAUGUUCGUCAAGAGAGGGGGGGGAUGACAUGCAGCAAAGGGGCCACAGGUCGGAGUCAAACCUGGGCCCCCUGCGUUGUGUGUAUUUAUGGGCGCCCGCUCUACCAACUGAGCUAUCAAGGCACCCCUCCAUUGGUCUUUUAAUAGUUAGAAUCUUGUACUUGAGGUUAUGUUUUUCUUGUUGCUUACAUUCAAACUCAAACUAGUUUGAUUAAUGUGUAAUGGUGAUAACUACAGAUUGUAGUGAUUUUACCAUUAGAUGCAUGUUCUCUUCUACAGUACAAUCAUAAUUAUAUCAACACUAUGCUGUUAUUACCAUUAAUCAUAUCAUUAGAUAAUAUUAACUAAUGCUUCAUGAAGAUUUGAGUUUGAUUAUAUUGUAGCUGCCUGGUUACUUUUUCAUCUUUUUAUAUCUGAAGAAAUACCAAAUGGAGAGGAAUACAUUAUUUAUUAUUAGCAAAAAAAGGCCAUCACCAUGGCCAAAAGUUAAAGCCAGAAGUGCCUUAAGAUGACUUAUGAAGGAUUUAGGGUAUUAGCAACUUUUGAUAUUUUAGGCUGACUCCAGCAUUUCUCAACCAUCACAAUUAUAUUUUUAGCAGUGUGGAGAAAGUUUUGAAACAGCAUUCAUGGCUUCAUGUAAAUUCUAUUUUUAAGCUAUUUCCUGUCUUAAUACAUUUUUAGGCAAGCACCUAUUUAUGUUGAAAAUGUCAUAAUUUAUUUCAAGGAAAACACAAUUCUGGUGGCAGGUAACAAUUAAAAAUAUAAAAAUAUAAUGGAAUAUAAUUCAGCAAGGGGGCUUUCGCAUCCGACUACACUUAAAGGUCCCAUGGCAUGAAAAUUAGUUUUUUAAACAAUAAUAUGCUUUCCCUUAGCCUGCCUAUGGUCCCCCAGUGGCCAGAAAUGGUGAUAGGUGUAGCCCGAGCCCUGGGUAUCCUGCUCUGCCUUUGAGAAAAUGAAAGCUCAGAUGGGCCGAUCUGGAACUUGCCCCUUAUAAGGUCAUAAGGAGCAAGGUUACCUCCCCUUUCUCUAUUUUGC